GCACGCCUUUCGUGCAGCUUUCCUCCUGCGCCAGUCACAGAUCCCAACAGAUCACCACGUCACAUGAUGGACGACAACAUGAGCGACGCGCCCGACGCGCAGGGCCCCGACGAUGAGCAGAUCCAGCAGCAGAAGCAGAUCAACGAGGAGUACAAGAUGUGGAAGAAGAACAGCGUGUUCCUCUACGACAUGCUCUACAGUCGCGCCCUCGAGUGGCCGACGCUGACGGCGCAAUGGCUGCCAGACAAGCGCCCAGUGGAGGGCACCAACAUGAGCACCCACCGCGUCAUCCUCGGCACGCACACGUCUGGACAGGCCCAGAACUACCUCCAGAUUGCCCACAUCGAGGUCCCCGACAUGCCGACGCCAGACGCCAACAACUUUGACGAGAAGACUGGCGAGGUCGGCGGCUACGGCGACGCAAAGAAGCCCUUUGACUUCAAGGUCGUCCAGAAGAUCAACCACCCUGGCGAGGUCAACAAGGCACGCUACCAGCCCCAGAACCCCGAGAUCAUUGCCUCGCUGUGCGUCGAUGGCAGAGUCCUUGUGUUCGACCGCACCAAGCACCCCAUGGAUCCAAAGAGCGACGGCAGCAUCAAGUUCGAGGCAGAGCUUGUCGGGCACGAGAACGAGGGCUUCGGGCUUUCUUGGAGCCCUUUGAAGGAAGGACAUCUCGUUACCGGAAGUGAAGACAUGACUGUCAGGACCUGGGAUAUCAAGAGCGGCUUCUCCAAGGGAAACACAUCCAUUGCUCCUCUGACCACGUACACGACGCAUACCUCCAUCGUCAACGACGUGCAAUACCACCCCAUCCACGGCUUCCUUAUCGGUAGCGUAUCCGACGACCGCACGUGGAAGGUUACCGAUACUCGAGUGGAGUCGCACAAGGUCGCUCUGUAUAGUAAAGAAAACGCGCACGCAGACGCACUUAACAGCAUCGCUUUCCAUCCCGAAUACGAGAGUAUUUUCGCGACCGGUUCCGCGGAUAGUACUAUAGGCCUAUGGGACCUACGCAAUUUCGAUAAAAAACUGCACAGCCUUCAGCACCAUUCCAAGGACAUCAUCGAGCUGCAGUGGCAUCCACAAGACCCCGCCAUAUUGGCCAGCUCGAGCUACGACCGUCGUAUUUGCAUGUGGGAUGUCACAAGAGUGGGCGAGGAACAGACGCCAGACGAGGCCGAGGACGGCCCACCGGAGCUCCUUUUCAUGCACGGCGGGUUCACAGACCGCAUCUCCAGCUUCGAUUGGAACAAGAACGAUCCCUGGCUGAUGCUCGGUGCUGCGGACGACAACCAGAUGCAGAUCUUCCGCCCGAGCCGCAAGCUCGUUGAGCCUAUCCCGAAGACUACUAAUCACGGAGAGGUCUCGGAUUGAUUCUGUCAAUCUGUUAACCCUUUGUUGAUGAUGAUUUAGAUCAAAGAAGCUAAAGCAGCGCCCGAGUCCGAGUCCGAGUCCGAGUCUGAGACGUUGUCCUUGUCCCCGCCAGAAUCGACCUGAAUAUGUCUACUCUUCUCUGUGGAUGAAGCCGGGCCGAGUAGCCUGAGGUGCCCAUGAUGGGCUAACAGUGGCACGCGGAUUCCUGAAAUGCGUCUUCUAGCUCACGGUGUUGGUUUGGAAAAGUAUACCCUUUGCAUUUACGUAUAGUACCCUGAGUCACCCUAAGAUAGACAAUACAGUGGUCGAUUGUGUCCAAAAGAGAUCUCUGCAUUCACAUGUCCUGCCGCGCUGUUCAAUGGAGAUAGUAAAGUGCCU